UAUGAGAGUGUCAGUGGUGAAAGAAUUCAGAUUGAUAUCGGCUCAUAUCAGAAAGACAAAUCUGAUAAUAAUUCUGCGAAUUCGACGAAAAGUUUCAAAUCUCGACUCACAUUUUAUCCAUUUGCCUAUGCACUGCACAACAGCGAAUUAUGUGAUCAUUGUUGGCGUUGUACUGGAUGUAGUUGCGGAAUGUUUUGUGAUGAGAAAUGUCAAAGUCUUGGUUGGAAAGAUCACAGAAUUGAAUGUAGAGCUUUGAAAAAAAGUUGUGGUAUUCCUGAUAUUGAAACUCGCUUACUUGGUCGAAUCAUUAUUCGUUACGAGGCUAUUAAACUCGGUAAGGAUAAAAAGGAUCAAAACUUUUACGUUGAUCGGACUUCUCAAAGAUCAAUAAUGGAAAUUUGUGCACAUACGGAUCAAAUGCGAAAGGAUUAUACGGCGAUGAAAAAAUUUAAUCGCAUUUUCAAUAAAGUAAUUGAUUUUUACGGCGCCAGAAAUAUUCCUGAUGAAGAUGAAGUAUUUGAAUUACAUUGCCGUAAUUUCAUUAAUCGGCAUGCAAUUAGUGACGAGGCAUUUUUGCGGGAAAUUGGAAAGGGAUUAUAUUUGGAUUUAUGCGCGUAUAACCAUAGCUGUCGUCCCAAUUCAAUUUACACAUGUAAGGGUUUCGUGGCUACGUUACGAAGUCUUGAUUUAAGCACAAAUUUAUUGGAUCGGAGCUCUACGUUUUAUACUUACAUAGAUUUGCUAAAUACCACUCAAGAACGUAGAAGAUUAUUAAAAGAUACAUGGUACUUUAAUUGUGAAUGUUCAAGAUGCACUGAUGAAAAUGAAGGUCUGUUGUCGUCCAUGCUUUGUCCGAAUUGUGAGAAACCAAAGCCCUUGCAAAUUUUUGGUAAAGUCCCAUAUAAAGAUCAAAUCACACUUAUUAUAACUUGUCCAGAAUGUCAUGAGCAAGUUCCUCGUGAGAAAAUAAUUGAAGCUGUCGAAACUAUGCGUUUUAUAAAUGGGAUCAUCGAAAAUAAUGAAAUUGAGCAGAUUGCGUCGAAUCAGCGGUUGUCUUUUUUAACUGAACUUCGAAAUCGUUCGGGCAAAGUAUUACCGAAUAUUAAUAUUUAUUAUUGUAAGAUUAUUCAGUUCAUGAUUCCUUUGGUUAAUCCAUCGAAUUAUAAAUUGCUUUUGGAACUCCAUUUAGAUUCAGAAGCUUGCAUCAGAUUUUGUUAUCCCGCCAAUCAUCCUACUUUGGCUUUACAUUUAAGAAAUAUUGCGAUAUUUUAUCUAAGAAAUGGAAGUCCUCAUCGUGCCAAACAUUAUUUUGAGUGUGCUCGAGAAAUAUUGCAUUUUACUCUCGAUGUUAACCAUUCGAUGAGCAUUGCAAAUCAAGUUUUAUUAAAUGAAGCUAUUGAAAGUUCUCUACAAGGGAUUCUGCAGUCAAGGAAUUGUAAUAUAGGCGACACAAAAGUAUGUGAUGUUCAGUUGGUUCCUGAAGGAACAAAAGAUAUCGAGAAUAUAUCCAAUUUGAGUUUUAUUCGGAUGUUUAUUUCUGAUAAGUUAUCAUUUCCAGAUGAAUCGAGAGAAUUUGGUUUUGGCUUUGAAGACUUAACUGAUAUUGGGCCGAUUGGUGAGGGUGCCUAUGGUCAUGUUAAUAAAAUGAGGCAUAAUGGAACGGGAAGACUGAUGGCUGUUAAGAAAGUUCGGAUUAUAUCGGGUAAAUGUGAUGAUGGUGAAACGAAUCGUUCCUUACAACGGCUUCGUCUUGAAAUUGACGCCAUUAAUAGAGCUUCAGAUUGCCCUCAAAUAGUUCGUUUCUAUGGACUAACUUUUCAUGAGGGAGAUUGUUUGGUUUGUAUGGAAUUGAUGGACAUAUCAUUGGAAAAACUUUACCACACUGUGCAUAAUUUGUUUGGUGUAUUUGAUGAAAGAAUACUGGGACAUGUUGCAGUAUCGGUAUUAAAGGCUCUUAAUCAUUUAAAGAAUGAAAUCCAAAUUAUUCAUAGAGAUGUGAAACCGUCGAAUAUUCUUUUGGAUUUAAAGGGCGCUAUCAAGCUAUGUGAUUUCGGCAUAUCGGGUUAUCUUGUUAAUUCAGUCGCUCAAACUCGCGAAGCAGGUUGUCGGCCAUAUAUGGCGCCUGAACGACUUCUGACAAGCGCGGCUUAUGAUAUUCGAUCUGAUGUUUGGAGCCUUGGAAUAACUUUAGAAGAGGUAGCAUUGGGCAGAUUUCCCUAUCCUCGUUUUAAUGAAAAUGAAUUAUUCGUGCAACUUGAACAAGUUGUUUACGGUGAUGCGCCAAUAAUGGGCCCAUCUGAUACAUAUUCAAUUAUGACCGUAAAGUUCAUCAAUUCUUGCUUGAUUAAAGAGACCGAUCUGAGGCCAAAUUACAAAAAACUGAUGGAUACGGAAUUUUUUAAAUUCUAUGAUAAUCUUGAGGGCACAUCAGUUUAUGUAGCAAGUUAUGUGCAGACAGCUUUAACACAACUGCAGUUGAAUGUGGAUUCACUCUCAGAUUGUUUUGCAGACCACAUUGUUUAA